AUGGCAGAAAUAAACACAACAAGCUUGUCCAUUUUUGAUAAAACACUAACUAGUGUGCCUAUGGUUGGCUCUGUCGAUGCAUGUACUUCCCCAAAAACGACCGGACUAUCUCGUACACCAUCAGCAUUGCCAUUCGUUCCAGUUCAUAUAAGUACCCCGCACCAUUGCACUCCUGCCCCCUCCGUGCAUACAGUGUCAGCCUAUUUAUCGCCAAUAAUUUCGUCGAAGGUUGUUGCUUCAAAUCUUGCAGCAUCAGUUGCAGCUGCCAUUCAGUCUGCCUCUGAAUCCAGCUCAGUGCCUUCAUUCAGUAGAUCUCAAGUUGUCGACAUGGUACCGGUCACUAGAACUUCUGCUCCACUUACUACCUUUGAUGCUGUUCCAGUCUCUACGGUUUCUCAUGACGAACUCGUUUCUACGCCUGCUUCGGUUGUAAGACAGUUAUUCACUGGACCCAGUUCACAGCAACUCGCUGCCAGACAGGUUGUCCCCAGUGAUCUCCCUACUUUCUCUGGCGAUCCCAUUGAGUGGCCGUUGUUCCUGAGCAGCUUCAGUAACUCGACGGAAAUGUGUGGGUAUACAGACGGAGAAAACAUGAUGCGACUACAACGCUGUCUGAAAGGUAAAGCGCUGGAAGCUGUCAGAUACUACUUAAUGCAUCCAUCGUCGGUACCAUUGAUCAUGGAAACUCUGAAAACCUUAUACGGGCGACCGGAGCUGAUUGUCACGUCGUUAUUAGCUAAAGUUCGAUCUACUCCGCCGCCGAAACAGGAGAACUUGGAGACGUUGAUUAACUUUGGGCUAGCCUGCAAAAACUUAUGUGGACACCUUCGCGCUGCUGGUCUGGACGACCAUCUGUCGAACCCGAUACUUCUACAAGAGCUGGUGAAUAAAUUGCCCGCGAGCAUUAAACUAAAUUGGGCACUGUACAGACGUCAACAACCGACAGUCGAUCUUACAACUUUUGGCAAUUACAUGAACGAAAUUGUGACUGCUGCCAGUGAGGUCACAUUUACCUUCGAUUCGGACGUCCUUCGUUUGGCAAAAGCUGAAAAGAUGAAGCCAAACGAGAAAAGAUUUGUUAAUAACCAUACCGUUUAUGAUGUCACGGAUAAUUCCAGCAGUAGCCCGAACACUCUGUCUACAGGGGAAUCUCUUCCCAAGCCAUGUCCAAUUUGUCAAACCGUAGGCCACAAGGCAAGGGACUGCUACACCUUUUAUAAUAUGACACUCUCCGAUCGCUGGAAAAUGGUUCAAGAACGGCGCCUAUGUCGUCGAUGCUUAAUUGCUCAUGGUAAAUUCCCUUGCAAGGCAUCUAUGUGUGGUGAAAAAGGUUGCGAGGACCGUCAUCAUAAACUGCUCCAUCCUGGAAAUCCGAUACAGCAUAAAUCCAGUGCGACCCCUAGGUUCAGCAAUACUGUAACCGUCCAUCAUCAGCGUCAGCAAUCAACCCUGUUCCGGAUUAUACCUGUGACGCUCUACGGAAAUGGCAAAUCUGUUUAUACGUAUGCGUUCUUGGAUGACGGCUUUGAUACCACCUUGGUAGAAUCGAGAAUCGCGAAUGAAUUGGGUGUUACUGGUGAAAUUCAUCCUUUGUGUUUGCAAUGGACCAACGGCAUUGAUCGUACCGAAGAAGACUCGCGGACAAUUAAGCUGGAAAUCUCAGGCAAAGGAAAAAUCCAGCGCCAUCCUUUGAAAACUCGUACCGUGAAAAAUCUGAACCUUCCAAUCCAAUCAAUGGACUACCCAGAAAUUUGUAAACGGUUCCCGUAUCUUGAGGGCUUACCAGUGCAAAGUUACCAGUCCGCAAAUCCAGCGAUUCUGAUUGGUUUGGAUAACUCUCAUUUAAGCACCAUGCUGAAAUGUCGUAUAGGCUCCAGGUUCGAGCCAAUUGCUGCGAAGUCCAAACUAGGAUGGACGGUGUAUGGAUCCAUUGUUGCCGAAUUAAUACCCAAGAUAAACUAUCAGUUUCAUAUAUGCGCUCGUUUUCCUGAUCAAGAGCUGCAUGACCUGGUUAAGGAGUUUUUUAACGUGGAGAAAGUUGAACCACUGACGACACCACUUCAGGAGAGUGAUGAAGAACUUCGUGCAAAGGCCAUUCUCGAGCAAACAACCGUACGUACGCCGUCAGGUAGAUUCCAAACGGGCCUGCUUUGGAAGUACGACGUAAUCGACUUUCCGAAUAGCAGACCUAUGGCGGAAAAGAGGCUGAAGUGCCUAGAACGUCGAUUGGCAACCAAACCCGAAUUAUACGAUAAGGUACGGGAGCAGUUGAAGCUGUAUCAAACCAAAGGAUACUCGUACAAGGUCAGUCAGCAAGAACUUCAAGCUUUUGAUGUGAAACGAACCUGGUUCUUACCGUUAAAUGUUGUCAUCAAUCCCAAAAAACCGAGCAAGGUACGUUUGGUUUGGGACGCGGCUGCAAAGGUCCAAGGGCAGUCGCUCAACUCUGCUUUAUUGCCUGGUCCGGACCUUCUUACACCACUUCCGUCAGUGUUGAGUUCGUUUCGCGAGUUUCGUGUAGCCAUCACAGGUGAUAUCUCCGAAAUGUUUCAUCAAAUCAUAAUCCGGCCGGAAGAUCGUUCGGCGCAACUGUUUUUAUGGAGAGACAAUCCCACAGAGCAAUUCGACGUGUUCGCGAUGAAGGUGGCAACCUUUGGCUCUACUUGUUCGCCUUCAGCUGCACAGUUUGUCAAAAACCGAAAUGCCAUGGAGUUCGCUAACCGAUAUCCCCAAGCAGCUAACGCAAUUAUCAAGCAUCAUUACGUAGAUGACUUCGUACGUAGUGAAGAUAGUACAGAGAAAGCCAUCGAGUUAGCACUUCAAGUAAAAGAAGUACAUGCCAAAGCCGGGUUUCACAUACGAAACUGGCUUUCAAACGAUAAAGAAGUCCUCGCACGGGUCGGGGAACAGAACGUAGAAUUGUCGAAAAGUUUUGCAGUUAGCAAGGCAUCGUCAAAUGAACGAGUCCUUGGGAUGAUUUGGAAGCCAGACCAGGACGUUUUCGUUUUUCAAGGAUUAUUCCAAGAUAACCUUCAACCGUUUCUCCAAGGCAUCGAAAUUCCAACGAAAAGGCAAGUGCUACGCAUAGUCAUGAGUAUUUUUGAUCCCCUCGGGCUAAUUGCUGUGUUUUGGGAAAGGUGGACAAAACUACUAUCGAAACUGGACAAAAUCCAAAUACCGCGCUGCUACUUCCAAGAUGCGACGAAAGAAGUCUACAACACGCUGGAGUUACACAUCUUUGUAGAUGCCAGCGAAGAGGCCCUUGCUGCUGUGGCAUAUUUCCGCAUCGUUGACGAUUGUGAAGUUCGUUGCGCACUCGUUUCAGCGAAGACCAAGGUAGCUUCACUCAAGCCUACCUCAAUUCCGAGGCUGGAGUUACAAGCUGCCGUAAUGGGGGUGAAACUGGCGCGGGCAAUUGAAAAAAACCAUACCAUAAAAAUCACUCGAAGAGUAUUUUGGAGUGACUCCAGUACCGUGCUCUCUUGGUUGCGGUCAGAUCAAAGGCGUUUCCGGCAGUACGUUGCGUUUCGAGUGACAGAAAUCCUUGAAAACUCCCAAGUCGAAGAAUGGCGAUGGAUACCCUCGCGCUAUAAUGUGGCCGACGAAGCAACAAAAUGGGGAAAAGGUCCCACAAUCAAUUGUAACAGUCGAUGGUUCCAAGCUCCAGCCCACUUAUACCAGGAUCCUGAAUUGUGGCCAAAGCAAGAGUUGCGAAUUCCGGACACUUUGGAAGAAUUACGGUCAGUUCAUGUACAUCGACAAGUUGUGACGAGCCAACUACUGAAAUUCGAAAGGUUUUCGAAAUGGGAACGUUUAAUAAGGGCAGUAGGCUAUGCUCUUCGGUUCGCUAAGUUAAUCAAUCCAGCCAAACAGCUCGACAAACGUUCCGAAUGGUUAAGCCAAGAUGAAUUGACGACAGCUGAAAUAAUCGUAUUCAAAGAGGUCCAACAAGCAGUUUACGAAGAUGAGAUUAACCUUCUUGCCAGAAAUUUGCAACUUCCGACGGACAAACAGCAUAAACUCGAGAGAACAAGCAAAAUUUGCAAACUUUCUCCGUUUCUGGAUACUCAAGGAGUACUCCGUAUGGAAUCCCGAAUACUAGAGGCGAACUAUUUACCGUUAGACUUCAAAAACCCGAUUAUUCUCCCGAAAGGCCAUCCCGGAACUGAUCUCUUGAUAGACUGGUACCACCGGAAAUUCAAUCACCAGCACACAGAAACUGCAGUGAACGAGAUGAGGCAGAGAUUUUACGUUUCGGACAUGAGAACAUCGUUUAAAAGAAUAAGAAAAGUGUGCCAGUACUGUAAGGUAUACAAGGCUGGUCCAUCGGUACCAAAAAUGGCUCCGUUGCCUUCAGCAAGAACUACUGCUUACGUAAGGCCAUUCUCCUACGUGGGCCUUGACUAUUUUGGGCCUGUACUGAUCAAGCAAGCACGGAGUGAAGUGAAGCGCUGGGUCGCGUUGUUCACGUGCUUGACAAUCCGCGCCAUACACCUUGAAGUUGUUUAUAAUCUCUCGACAGAAUCGUGUAAGAUGGCGAUUCGACGAUUCGUUGCUCGUAGGGGCGCUCCCAUCGAGAUUUUCAGCGACCAGGGUACCAAUUUUGUGGGUGCCAGUAAACAACUAAAACAAGAGUUGCAGCAGAUCAACAACAACUUGGCUGCUACCUUUACCAACGAGACUACCCACUGGCGAUUCAACCCUCCAUCUGCACCGCAUAUGGGAGGGUGUUGGGAAAGAAUGGUCCGGUCGGUAAAAUAUGCUCUUUCUGCCAUGUCCAUUAUAAAGAAGCCCAACGAUGAAACGUUCCUAACACUGCUGGUUGAGGCUGAAUCUUUAGUGAACUCCAGACCACUCACCUAUCUGCCAAUCGAGUCAGAAACGCACGCGGCACUGACACCAAACUGCUUUUUAAUGCUCAGCACCAGUGGGGUUAACCAGCCCGCAAGACAACUAGUUGAUAAGCGAGCAGCAAUUACUUCCAACUGGAAUAUUUGUCAACAGCUGUUGGAUCAGUUCUGGUGCCGUUGGAUAUGGGAAUAUCUCCCCACUAUCGCAAAGCGGACCAAGUGGUUCAGCGACUGUCGUCCAAUUCAGCCAGGUGACAUCGUAGUAGUGAUCGACGAAAACUUGCGCAACGGGUGGACAAGAGGGCGCGUUCUGCGGGUGUUCACAGGUCGUGACAAGCGGGUGCGAAGCGCUGAAGUGAAGACAGCUACUGGAGUAUUCCAUCGACCAGCCACGAAGCUAGCUGUUCUGGAAAUUAGCGGUACAGCUGGAGUAAACUCCGAGCAAUACGGGUCGGGGUAUGUUCCGAACAGCGUCGGCGACAAAGGGUUAAAAAUGCCAAAAGGCGUAACGAACGUUACCACUAGAGUUACCACACGAACGACUAGAUAA